UGACGACUCUUCCAGUUGUCUGUUAUUAGCAGGCACACAGUGCAGACGUGUAGAAAGAGAGAGAAAAAAUUCCUCACUGGUGUGACGAUGGCGCGGAUAGCAGCCUUCCUUUUGCUGAUUUUCGCCGCCCUUUGGGAGUGCAGCAGCGCACAAGAUUGUUACUACGGGAAUGGAGAGAGCUACAGAGGACCGACAUCGCAGACGGUGUCUGGUCUGACGUGCCAGGCGUGGAACGAGCAGUCUCCCCACCCCCACAUCUUCCAGCCCAACCUGUACCCCACCGCCGGGCUGGACGGGAACGCCUGCCGGAACCCGCUCGGCGUGGACACCAAGCCCUGGUGCUACACCACCGACCCGAGCGUCGAGUUCGAGCUGUGUGACGUGGCCGAAUGUGUGUCUGAGUGUUACUACGGGAACGGAGAGGGCUACAGAGGGGACGCCACGGUGACAGAGUCUGGCCUGACGUGCCAGGCGUGGGACCAGCAGACCCCUCACACCCACAUCUUCCGCCCCACCCUGUACCCCGACUCCGGGCUGGAGCAGAACUACUGCCGGAACCCCCUGGGAGUGGACACCAAGCCGUGGUGCUACACCACCGAUCCCGCCACGGAAUUUGAGACCUGCGCCGUGAAUGCCUGUCCGACAACACCCGCUCCUCCAACUACUACCGACCCCAAUGUUCCUGUGGGGUGCCCCUCCUCCUGGUCCACCGGCCCCAACUCGUGCUUCCUGGUGGUGCAGAACUACGUCACGUGGCAGCAGGCGAGUGACGACUGCGUCAGCAAGGGCGGGCAUCUGGCUACCAUCGGCACGUAUGACGAUGAGACAUUCAUCCAGGGACUGACCAACUAUGACUACCAGCCGUACUGGAUUGGUCUUCAUGACACCGGGGCGGAGGGUACCUUUAUUUGGGUGGACGGAACUCCGCUUAGUUACACGAGCUGGAAUUACGGAGAGCCCAAUAACAACGGAGACGAAGACUGUGUGCAGUUGUCAGGAUAUAACUGGAACGAUGCCUACUGCGGGGGGUCUGCCAGAUACAUCUGUGAGAUUGAUACAGCUGGCGGUCCACCGACUUGUGGUGAGGCUCUGACCGACGCCGAAGGGGUAAUCGAGAGUCCCGGGUACCCCAGCCAGUACGGGAACAACGCCGCUUGCGUCUGGACCAUCGAGAACCCCGAUCGGGCUCCCGUCAACAUCUGGUUCGAGGACUUCGACGUCGAGUGCGACUACGACUUCCUACACAUCACCGACGGGGACAAGCAGCACACUUACACGUGUAAGCUGGACGCAGGGCUCGGCUGCAGCAUCACCACCACCGGCUCAUUCGUCAAACUGGAGUUCACCACCGACUCCUCCAUCACCGCUGCGGGAUUCCGUCUCCGAUACGCCAGCGUGUUGAGCGACACCGACCCACCUCCAAUCUACCCUCACCAGCUCUGGGCAGACAGGACGUGUAACGCCACUAUUGAAUUCGCCUCCCAGUUCACGAACGCGUGUCCUGACGGCUGGACCGGCGGCCUGUCGUCCUGUUACCUGUUCCAGCAGGACCUGAAGCCCUGGGCGGUGGCCCGAGUGGACUGUCAGAGGCGGGGCGGAGACCUCGUCAGCGUCAACUCGGACUUGGAGUGGAACUGGAUCCUUGGCCAGACGCUGAGCUCGUACCCGCAGUACUGGAUCGGGCUACACGACACCGCUGGCGAGGGGACGUUCGUCUGGUCCGACAGGAGCCCGGUAACCGUCACCUACUGGAACUAUGGUGAACCGAACGACGCAGGGACCGGGGAGGACUGUACGGAGAUCGGCGGCAGCACGUGGAACGACUCCCCCUGUAGCAACAACAACCGCUACAUCUGUGAAAUCAGACUGGAGUCGGCAAGAAUUGACUGUGACUUUGACACCGACGUCUGCGGGUACACGAACGACAGCACCGCCGACUUCUCCUGGAACAGGCUCCGGGGAUGGACCCCGCAGUCUAACACCGGACCGCUGGCUGAUCACACCACCGGAUCAGGAUAUUACAUGUUGACGCAGUCCGCCCCUUACCCCAACCCCGGGGCGAAGACCAGCUUCAUGAGCCCCACCAUUGACGUGUACACACACGCCUGCCUGCGGUUCGUCUACCACAUCUACGGGCACGACGUGGGGACUCUCAACGUGCACGUGGAGGGACCACGCGGCAAAACCACCAUCUUCAGCUCGACCGGUAACAACACCAACACCUGGAUUAAGGCUGACAUUGAGGUCGAGGCGGGGAGCUUUAGGGUUGUCUUUGAGGCCGAACGCGGCACCAACCCGAAUACUAACAUCGCCAUCGACGAUGUCCAUCUGACAGAGGGCUUUUGCAUCGCCUGUCCUAGCGGCUGGACGACCACGGAGAACUCCUGCUACAAGUUCGUGCAGACCCAGAAGUCGUGGCAGGAGGCCCGGGACGACUGCCGCAGUCAGGGAGCGGGGCUGGUCAGCGUCGACUCCGCCGCUGAACACACUUGGCUCCAGACGCAGGUGGACUAUUACCAGCCGUGGUGGUGGAUCGGGUUGAAUGACCUCCAAUCCGAGACCAGCUUUACCUGGAGUAACGGAAAGCCUCUCACUGUGACCUACUGGAUUGCUGGUGAACCCAAUGAUUCGAGCGGAAACGAGGACUGUGUGGAGAUGCAGGGGAGCUAUCAGCAGGCCUGGAACGACCAGUCCUGCCAAAUGCAGAACUACUACAUCUGUGAGAUCAACAAAGACAGCCCACUUAUCAUCGACACCUCCGAUGGCCCUAUCGAUACCGGGCCGUGUUACAGCGGGAACGGAGAUAAGUACCGAGGCACGGCCAACACCACGGUGUCCGGUAUUGACUGCCAGCCCUGGGGCCUGCAGCGCCCGCACCUGCACGUGUUCGACGCCGAGUCGUACCCGGAGGCCGGGCUGGACGGGAACUACUGCCGGAACCCUGACGGCGCCGCCCAGCCAUGGUGUUACACCAUGGACGCCAACGUGCGCUGGGAGUACUGCGACGUUCAGCAGUGUGAUGGAGGCACGGACGUACAGACGAGCGCUCCAAUCCCAGAUUACCAAAUCCGCCUUGUGGGAGGCGUGUCCUUCGGCCGUGUGGAGGUGUUCUAUAACGGCCAGUGGGGGACCGUGUGCGACGACAACUUCGGUAAGGAGGACGCUGACGUGGUGUGCCGGGAGCUGGGCUUCCCCGCCGCCCUGCAGUUCUACCCCGACGCCUACUUCGAGCCUGGCGAGGGCCCGAUCUGGCUGGACGAGGUGACGUGCAGUGGUAGGGAGAUCUCGCUGCAGUACUGCGCCAACAGCGGGUGGGGCGUGACGAACUGUGGCCACAACGAGGACGUGGGCGUGAGCUGUCUGGAGGCGAAAGAUGGAGAAAAGGAAGCCGUGAAGCCGAAUCGCCUCCCGUCCUUCCUGAAGAAGAUGUUCGGUCAGUAGGCCAGCCGGUGCCGCCGGAUAAGGAAGCCAGCGCCCGGUGAAAUACGACUUGUACUAGUACUAGCUACCAAGAGAACAUCUUGUCUUAAAUCACAACAAACAUCUUUAAUAAAGACGGCCGUUCUACAUACAAAC